ACAGAACCCCACAUCUGACCACAGCUGGCUCAGAACGGCUGCUCAACAGGAUGGUAAUCAACGGGGACGAAGCGGGGCCUUCGGAUCCAUUGGCUUUGUUGUUAUCUCUACCAAUUUCUCACCCCUCAUACUCCGAAAUACUGCGCAGGGCUCCCCGCCCUCUGACACACUCAAAAACCCUAGCCAAAAUUGUCAACAGACUCAAUACGACUCUUCUGGUUUCAACAAGGAACAUUAUCGCAGCGGAUCGUACAGCUGCAUGGGCAGCAGUCUCUGAACUAGUGGAAAAGGCUGAAGACCUUGUGGUAGACCAUGGAAAAGGCUGGCUGGAAGCGGCCCUUGCUGCCAUUUCCUCGCUGGAAUUGCCUUUGUCCACCCUUCAGCAGCCCAUGAAGCUCAUCAAUAUCCUCUUGACGGUGUCUGUACGCUAUCCUUCGUUUGAGCGCGAGGCAGUCCAGCCAUUGAUGGGCAAGAUCGCUCUGAGUCUCACUCGACUCCUGAGUCGUGCAGCAAACGAGCAGGAUCUAGACAGUCUGUCUUUUUCAAUUGAGCAGACACAGCGGAUCCUCAUGAUCUAUCCUGCGCCUUUUCGCCCCUCUAUCUCCUCUCUCCGCGCUCUCCUCCGAGCUAUUAUCUUCAAUUGCCCUAUACCACCUGCUCCUGGCUCCAGUACUUUUGGCUAUCCCUUAAACGCGCCGGAAGAUCUGAUUCAGAUCUCAGCGGAACUUUUCGCUCAUCUGCACCUCGCCGUCGGAAAGUCGCAAGCGCCUACAGUCUGGGCGGAGGAUUUGAAGUAUGCCCGUGGAAUCGUCGACUACGCCUUUUCAGAAUACGGCAGAGAUGCCUUCACGGACAAUAGCGCCUAUGCAAGCCGAAUCCCUCACCCGUCCGACCUUCCUCCUCUGCCUGAGGAUCCUGCAGCUCGGUCCGACGCCGCUUUACAUCUUCUAGAAGGGGGCGUCGAAGUCGUCGUGGCGCUUCUGAGUGUGAACUCCAUUCGUGCCGUGUCAGUCCCACUCAGUAGCCUGAUACAGACAGGCGUGAGGUGUCUGACGUUGAGUCCAACGAUUUCUGUUGCCGGUCAUGUGUCGCCUUUACAUCAUGCUAUGCUGCUUGGUGGCCUCACGCGGAUAUGGACAGCUGGACUAUUGAUAUGCGGCUCGAUCAUGACUGCCUGCGGAGACCAUCUGUUGCCUUUCCUCAGUUCGAUCUUGGAGCAAAGUACCUCGCUAUUAGAUCAGCUGCCUUCAGCCAUGUCCUCUUCGACGGCCCAAAUCCUCUCGUUUCUGCAUAUAUGCUUCUCCCUUUUCCCUCCUGCUCUGGUCCCUAUCGAAUAUCCCACACGAAUCCUCAAAUACUGCAUAGCGCGGGUCGGUCUACUUUUGGAGAGCAAGUCUCCAUCGAGUAUCGGGCCAGCUGCGAAUGGUUCAGAAGGCAGGAGAGGAAAAAAGCGUGCUCGUGGGGCUGAGGAAGGCUUGAUCGGUAGUCUGGAGGGACGAGAAUCUAAGCCUAUCAGUGCACAGGAUGUGGAGGUUAUCCUGGGUUGUUUGAAGUUGGUCCCGCUACUUCACGGGACCCCGUUACUUGCCCCGUCGAUCACACUGUUGUCCAUUCGGCUUCAUCUGUCGAUUCACCUUCGAUUGGAGAUGAUGACAUCUUCUGCGUUCGCUGCGCCAGGGGAUUUAUCGAGACUCACAGAUACCGUGGCGCAAGUCCUCGAGGCGGCAAUGAUGAUGGUGGAUAAUCAAGCGGGAACCGCAAAGGGAUGGAAAACGAUCAUCGUGUCUUUGCUGGGUCAACCUCACGCAGACAAGACGUCUAUGCUACUACACCCGCAUGCUCCACCUACGGUCCGACCUCAACCACCCCUCAGUGCCCUGCAUUUCUUUGCACCAGAAAAUGAGGAGGAAAAGAAGCUGCGUCUCGAAUUGGGACUGGGCAGACUGGAAGAUGAGCAGCGGGAAGGAGACGAGGAUGACACAAUGGAAGUCUGUAUCGUCUCAGAACAGCAACCCAACGGCCAGCCGACUAUUGAAAGAGCGACAGUACUUUCUACUAUUAGCGACUCGACUCUGCACCUGCGACCCGCUGAGCCCGCUGUCGCGCAGCCAGCCACGACUAUUUUGCAGACCGUAUCCAAAAGCGAUAGUGAUUCUGCAAACAGGCAAGACCAGUCUACGGCUCUCGAAGAGAAUGGGGCAAAUGAAAUUUCGCUAAUCAAACAGGUGAUGGAGGACGGACCCGCGCGUGGAGAUCUCGUUUUCCCAACUGUCAUGGAUGAUGAAGAUGAAGCGUUCCCUGAGCUGGAUAGUGGAUCAAGCGAUGGCAUGGUCAGCGAGGGGGAAGAAUAGAUGU